AUGUUGUACACAGAGUUUCUGCGGUUGUGGGAUGAGGCGGUAAAGGCAGUGGAUGCCAGAGACUGGCAGGGAGCCCUGUCUAAACUCAACCAGAUCACUGAACCUACCUCCCGGACUCUGUUUCUGACCGCCUCUGCUCACCUCGCCUUGGGGCAGCUGGAGCCUGCCAUCCAGGCUCUAGACCAGACCAUAGCAAAGGAUGAGCGACUUGCAGUUGGCUUUUUCCAAAGAGCUGGAGCAUUCAUGAUGGCUAGCAGGCUGGAGGAGGCUCUGAAUGACUGUAUCUCAGCUCUGAAACACAUGAGAGGGAACAUGGUCAUUGAUUACAAACAGCUGGGGCUACGCUACAAGCUCUACAGUUGGCAGGUCUUGUAUAACACAGCAGCUGUCCACUCUAGACUGGACCAGUUGGACAAAGCCCGGGACAUCCUGAUCUCAGCCUCCCAGGAGAAAGGAAGAGGGGGGAGAGGAGGGAACAUGGAGGUGGCUUUAGACAUGAUCUCUAGGGGAGAGGUGCUGCCUGUCCUCCUGGUGCCAGAGGGGCAGGUGUUCCGCCCCAGGAAACAGGACGUAGAACAGCUGGGAGAGAGAGACUUCCUGGGCAAACCAAAGGUCAUUUCCUCUAUGAUUCCCAAUGAUGACUUUGGUGGAUUUGAACCUCUCAGGGUUCAGAAACCUGGAUACUACGAGCCCAAGGUGGAUAGAGUGGAGGAUUCUCGCUACAUGCGUCUGCGUACCCCCUACAUAUCCGGGGGCCCUGGUCAGCUGACGGUGCCAGGGGGAGCCAUGGUGUUUGUCUUCAGUGAUAUGGAAAGAGAUGGACUGGCCACGGUCAUACACGAUGGACAGGUGAAAGACCCCUGUAACUAG